UGUUUAUUCUGUUCGCCACAACCACCCCCUCCCCCAGCCCUCAUUAUGGCUCAGAACAACCUGACUGGCGCCUGUCUCUGCAGGAACAUCACAUAUCGCAUUACCUUGCCAGAUCCAGAGACAUACCCAAAGCUGAUCAUCUGCCACUGCACCCACUGCAAACGCUACACGGGCUCGAGCUUCUCUGCCAAUAUUAUCAUCCCACGGGCUUGUUUCGAGUACACGAAGGGUACACCCAAGCUAUAUACGGACAGCAGUAAGAGGGGUGUACAGGUACUACGCGAGUUCUGUCCUGAUUGCGGAACACCGUUCACGUCACGGUCGAGUGAUGAUGAGGCAGUUGUCGCGGUGAAGUCGGGGACGCUUGAUGAUGAGCAUCGGGUUAAGUGCUCGGAGUUGGAAAUGGAGAUAUAUUAUCAUCGGAAAGAUGGGUGGGUGGAUGGGUUGGGAGGUGAGGAGGUGAAGAGGGUGGAUGGGAGUAUGGGGAGUUCGUCUGGAGAGGCUGAAGGGUAUUGAGGAUUAUAGUUGGACAGAACGAUGCGGGUGGGAAGUUUAUUAAGUUGUGGUCACUUGGCCUUGAUGAGGAAGCUAGGAUAUUAUCAGCCUGGUUACUCUAUAUUGUAUAACCGCAUGGUACGCUGUCAAUUCAC